AUGUAAUAAGAAGACUCUGAAUAUAUUCCAGUUGAAUUAUUAGUUAAUACUAAGAAUGAAGCUUCAAUUAGAUUGGUCUAUAAACCAUAAUAAUUAAGUACGGGAGCUAAAAAAGUUAAAAUGGUUUACGAAAUUCUACUCAAAAAUAUUUAUGAAAUAGAGAAUCCAACUAAAGAAGGUGUUAUAGAGAAGAUAUUUUCUGAUCAUCCUUUUCUUAAAAGAAGUGAUAAAAUGGUUGAGAAUGUAAGAUAUCAUCUAAUAAAUUAGAUGAAAGAAGCUGUAAAAAAUAUAUUCGAAGAAAGGGCUGAGAAAAAAAAGGCUGAGAAAGAAAGGUCUGAGAUAACAGGUAAAAAUAACUAUUUAAUAUAUAUUAGAGAUUCAAGAAGAUAAGGAAGGUUCGGCUGCUAAAAUUCCAACUAUAAAAAAUAAAUGA